GGGAAACCGAGGCAGGGCAGGGGCAGCGCGCAUAGCUCCGGCCUAGGCGCACACCCCAAAGAGGGAACCCAGGCUUCCAGAGCUCUCCGCUCGGGCGCAGGCACCUCCAAGCCGCCCUCCCCUCGUCGGCCCCGCCCAGCUCCGGACAAAGCCCCGAGCCAGCGCCAGGAGGGGGGUAGGGCGGGUCCCGCGCGCGCGCGCCCCGCUCCCCCCUGGGCGCGAGACUCCGCCCCGCCUCCUCUGCAGGAGUCCGCGCCCCAACGGCUAGGCGGCCGGGCCGGUCCCGCCCCGAAUCCCCAUGACGUCACCGGCGGCGGCAGGCCCCGCCCCCGGCCCUUGGGCGGCAGGCCGCAUGACGUCACCAAGGCCCCACCCCUCCGGAACGAGUUCGGUCCUGGCGUUCAUUUCAUUCCAGUCCUCAUUCCGAACAUUCUUAACAUCGCUCGCGCUGCGCCGCGCCGCCCGAGCCGAGCCGAGCCUCUGCAGCCGCCGCCGCGGCCCCGCCGCCCGCCGCGGGCGCCCACCAAGCACUUUGCAGACUCGCUUCCACCCUGCGGGGCAGUCCGCGCGGCGGGGCCCGGGCCCGGGGCGGCCGCGUCCAGGGACAGGCCAUGCAGUGAAGCCCCCCCACCCCAUCCACCUUUGCCCGGAGCCGCGGGCAGCAGCCCAGUGCGCCCAGGCGGCCCCGGGGCAGGAGCGGUGCUAGGCAGGGGUGGGGUGGCCCAGCCCGGGGACCGGGAGCCGGGCACCGAGCGGAGGGCGGGGGAAGCGGCGCCGAAGUUUGCCUUGGACGCGCCGGGUGCUGCGGCGGCUCCCUUCGCCGAGGUUUAUUUUCUUGAAAAGGCUCCAGGCUUCGGCUUGGAAAACCCAACCGCCAAAAUUGAGCCCAGCAGCUGGAGCGGCAGUGAGAGUCCUGCCGAGAACAUGGAGAGAAUGAGUGACUCUGCAGAUAAGCCGAUGGACAACGAUGCGGAGGGGGUCUGGAGCCCUGACAUUGAACAGAGCUUUCAGGAAGCCUUGGCUAUCUAUCCACCAUGUGGGAGGAGGAAAAUCAUCUUAUCAGACGAAGGCAAGAUGUAUGGUAGGAAUGAAUUGAUAGCCAGAUACAUCAAACUCAGGACAGGGAAGACAAGGACCAGAAAACAGGUGUCUAGUCAUAUACAGGUCUUAGCAAGAAAGAAAGUUCGAGAAAUUCAAGCCGCCAUUAAGGUGUCUAGUCACAUUCAGGUUCUUGCCAGAAGGAAAUCUCGUGAUUUUCAUUCCAAGCUAAAGGAUCAGACUGCAAAGGAUAAGGCCCUGCAGCACAUGGCCGCCAUGUCGUCAGCCCAGAUCGUAUCGGCCACUGCCAUUCACAACAAGCUGGGGCUGCCUGGGAUCCCACGCCCCACCUUCCCAGGGGCGCCGGGGUUCUGGCCGGGAAUGAUACAAACAGGGCAGCCAGGAUCCUCACAAGACGUCAAGCCCUUCGUGCAGCAGGCCUACCCCAUCCAGCCAGCGGUCACAGCCCCCAUUCCAGGGUUUGAGCCUGCGUCAGCCCCGGCUCCCUCAGUCCCUGCCUGGCAGGGCCGCUCCAUCGGCACAACCAAACUUCGCCUGGUGGAGUUCUCAGCUUUCCUCGAGCAGCAGCGAGACCCAGACUCGUACAACAAACACCUCUUCGUGCACAUUGGGCAUGCCAACCAUUCUUACAGUGACCCAUUGCUCGAAUCAGUGGACAUUCGUCAGAUUUAUGACAAAUUUCCUGAAAAGAAAGGUGGCUUAAAGGAACUGUUUGGAAAGGGCCCUCAAAAUGCCUUCUUCCUCGUAAAAUUCUGGGCCGACUUAAACUGCAAUAUUCAAGAUGACGCUGGGGCUUUUUAUGGUGUAACCAGUCAAUAUGAGAGUUCUGAAAAUAUGACAGUCACCUGUUCCACCAAAGUUUGCUCCUUUGGGAAGCAAGUAGUAGAAAAAGUAGAGACGGAGUAUGCAAGGUUUGAGAAUGGCCGAUUUGUAUACCGAAUAAACCGCUCCCCAAUGUGUGAAUAUAUGAUCAACUUCAUCCACAAGCUCAAACACUUACCAGAGAAAUAUAUGAUGAACAGUGUUUUGGAAAACUUCACAAUUUUAUUGGUGGUUACAAACAGAGAUACACAAGAAACUCUCCUCUGCAUGGCCUGUGUAUUUGAAGUUUCAAAUAGUGAACAUGGAGCACAACAUCAUAUUUACAGGCUUGUAAAGGACUGAACAUGGUUAUUUAUAUAUAUAGAUAUCUGUAUAUACACACACACAUAUGUGCGCACACACACACACUCUCUCCAUUAUCGAAUGACUGACUGUAAACCUCACCACACGGGGGGGUGUGCCCUGGCCCUGAGGUCACCGCAACUUUUCUAAACCCUGUUUGAGUGAAGUCAUUUUUUCAUGUGUUCAUACUAUCAUUGUAGCUGUGAAGUUCUGGUACAGUUGUAAAAAGAGAAAUCGAGUUGUUUCUAUGUGUUCUUCAGAUCCACAGCCCACAGUUCCUCGGGAAGGGUGAACCUUAAGAACCUGGGUCUCUGUCUGCAGAGACUUCCUAAUCGUGGUAGGAGAAAAAUGAGACAGAGCUUUUGCCAUGGGACGUUUACAGCCUUUAUACAAAUGUAUUUAGUUCCUUGUUUUUUUUUUUUUCCCAACAUGAAAUUCUUGUUUUAAGAUACAAGUAAAAUUAAUCUUUAAAUAUAAAUGUAAAUUAGUACACAAAACUAAGAAUCUUUAGACUUAUCUUUGUAACUAAUUAGGGUGGAAGUUAUGAACGAAUGUAAUUCACUAAAUUAUUUUUUAAAUGAAACUUUUCUUUCUUUUUGAAACCAAAUGUUAAAAUAUAGCCUUAAGAAAUGCUUAGUAGAAAUAUUCUAAUGAGACAAAUUUGUACUUUUUUCCUCAAGGUUAAAACUAAUCUCCUAAUCCAUUAAACUCUUGAACAGGUAUUAUACAAAGGAGGAAAACUUCACCCCUUAUCCUUAACAUAUAUAGUAUAUUUAAAAAAUAUAAAAUUGUAUUGUACUAAUGUGAUGAUUAUUUAAUGAAAAGGAAAAGAUGACUCUUUUUGCAAUAAGUAGAUAAAUACUGAAAAUCUAAACUUACAAUGUUUAUAGUCUUGUGUGUGCAGUUAUAUUUUAUAUGGACAACCAAAUUUUUUAUUAAGAUGAGUAAAUAUUUAAACCACUGAAAUUUAAUGACAAAAACUUAAAAUUGGCAUGAAUACUGCACUGUGAGCUGCAAAGUAUAGAAAAUCCUGUGGCUGGGAGAAAUUUCAUCAACCAAACAAGUAAAAGGCUCAUCAGUUUUAGCAUCUCUGCUCCCCAGAAAAUUGUGAGCAUCCUCACCAUCCUGUGGAUAAAUUAUUUCUGGUGAACCAAUGUGCAUACGAACCUGCUAUAACAAUAUGUGUGUGUGUGUGUUUGCCUACACAUAUAUACACAUAUGCAUAUAUAGUUUAUUCAACAUGUAUUUAUUGAACAUCUGUUUAGUGUCACUCAGUUUGCUAGGUGCUGAUAUGUAUGUAUAUCUCAAUCUAUGUCCAUAGAUUUGGAUAUAUUCUAUAAGGACAUCCAUCUCCUUGACAUCUGUCAGUAAGUCACAAUACUUGUUUGACUGAGGUUUACGAGGCCCCGCUAUCUAUCUCUGACCUUUUCAAACAGGCUCGUUUGGGAGGUUCUUUGGCCAGGAGAGAUUCAACUUUCCAGCCCAAAUAUUCCAAAGCAUUGCCUAGGCAGAGUUGAUUUGAUGUGGCCACAUGUCUUGAGUUAUUUCUGUAAGUGCUUCACUGGGAAAGGUACAGGGCAUACCCCCCAACUUUCCAGAGGAAAGUGACUUUUUUAUAAUUGUCAGGAAGCUGUUAACUCAAUAGAACAUGAAAUAAGUUUAAGUUAUGAAACAUGUCAAGACUUUUUCAUCAAACCAGGAAAUAAAAACUUCAUUCUGUCACAUCCAAGCAGCUUGCACACCCUUCCCUGUCCCACUGCCUGUCCUGAACUGCUUGGAUGUUGGUUGGUGUUUGGUGGUCAUAAGCACAGGAUGUGGCUGGCUCCUGGCAAAGAGAAGGACAGUGGGCCAAGCCUGACCUUCCCCAGACUCAUCCCAUUGGUCACUUGCCCCAUGUGGAUUAUGCAUCCCUUACAGAAAGCAGUAAGGUGGCUCCAUCUUCCUUGCGCAGAGAGGUCACCAUCUGUUCCAUGAUCCCACACAGGCCUUGAAGGACUGCUCUGUGGUCUGCACGUCUAUCUGGUCUUCAGCCCAAACAUUUAAGCUGCUUCCAUGGUUGUCACAUGUAUGACCUCUCUUGGGCACCCCUCUUAGGGAUGCUUCUUGUGCUCCUGUCCCCUGCAUCUUUCCUCAUGGGAACCUCUACCCUCCCAGGACCAGGACCCUAUGAGAGUGUGCAGAUGAUCUGUUUUGGCUAAAAGCUAGACCACCCCGGAGCUGCCGGGGGAGAGGUGUCUGGUUCCUGUUGCCACAGAAGUGGGGCCCUUCCUGUGCUGCCACAGAGGGCUUUUGCAAUUUACUUUUCAAAGCACAAAUAGGCUGAGACUGAAGAAGACCAGCUUGAGGGUCAGUCUGCCGAGCUCCCAGAGUUAGCCUGGGCUGUCUAACAUGUCACCACCAGUGCUGUCUUCCUCCAAAUGCCUUUGUACUUGAGUUUGGAGAGUUCACAUGAAUGACUUUGAGGAUUGCUUUUGCUUAUUAAAAUGCAUCUAAGAUCUCUUAAAGUUUUACUUCUUAUUCUCCUAAAGCUUUCUCCAGGCAGAUACUUCCUUACCUCAGCCACUGGUCCAGUUACCCAAACUCUUGGCCCUCCCUUUCCUGGGGUGGGAUUUGUGUUAUAACAUCUAAUCCAAUUCUGUCUUUGGUUCAGAGUCUUCUCUUGUCUGUACAGCUUUCUGAACCAUAAGCCUUCCAAAGCUCUGUCCACCCUGCUUGCUUCUGGACGCCAUGCCUCCUGGUGACCCCCACUGCUGGGAGGGUUCAGAGGUUCCUGCACUUCAUGGGAGUCUGGAGGCCUCAACGGGCAGGGGCUGAAGACCUGCACUCAGGCCUGUUGGCAUUCGUUUCCCUCUUAGCAAGAGAUCUCAAGUAGAAUCAGGACUUCUUCAAAAGUCCUGUCCUAGAACCCCGGAAUGUCUUCGCUGCCCUAGAUUGGGGUUCCGCGACCAGACACUGUUGACGUUUUGGACCAGAUAAUUUCUUUGUUGGGCGGGGCUGUCCUGUGCAAUGUGGGAGAUUCAGCAGCAUGCUGGCCUGGGCCCACUAGAUGCACACUUCCCACAGGUUUUGUCAUGACCCAGAAUGCCUCCAGACAUUGCACAUGUCCCCCGGGGCACAGAAUCACCCCCAGCUGAGAGCCACCGACCUAGAUCUUACAGGUCCUAAGUACCACAUUUGAGAUUUUAUUUUUCCUUCCACUUCACCCUGAGAAAGCUUCUCUCUUGGGAGCCUUGUUUCAGGCCACCAAGAGGCAGGUAGGACUCACUCAAACGACAUUGUGCCCAUUUCUUCCCAUGUCAGAACUUCUUUGUUACAGUAGAGUUUCUCUGCUGAGUAUUCUUUCACUCAUCCCUGGAGAGGAUGGAACAGCUGGUCACCAUCAUCCCUAUAAUCAACUCACACCUAUACAAAGAGUCCUAUUUCUAACUUGAUCUUCAUUCCUUAGUUUACCAAGUUUAAAAAAUCCCAGGUUAAACAAUUCCAUUCUCAUUACUUCUCAUAAGCUCAUGGGUCUCAUUCUCAAACCUUGACUCAUUUCAGUAAAUUUCCUCUGGUCUUCUACUUUCUGCCUUACACUCCAUGCUGUUCAUAGAAUUUAUGAAAGCCUCUGGAACAUAUCUUUGCAUUUUUAGGGAUGGAGGAGAGAGAGAGCAGUUCUGGAAGAGGGCCGAUAGAAAUUUUCUCUGCUGAACUAAACAGCACAAUCUAUUCUCCAUCAUUGUGUAGAUGAGAAAGUUAAGGCCCUGAGGGGUGAUAACUUGCACAUAGUUACCCAACUAGUUAGUGGCAAACUAAGGGUAAGGCUCUGGGACCCCUUCCGCUUAGUCCUUGGCCUCUUUUGGUGGAGGUUGUUCUUCUACGGUGCUCAUGCUUGAACAAUACCUAGAAUGUGUGGACAGGGUCAGUGCACAAGAAAGAGGGAGAUGAAGAAGCCCCAUCGGCCGAGCUUCGGGGUCACCCGAUGCUGAUGCUGUCCCCCUAGGAGUGUCCUGUCCAAGGAGAGCUGUCGGAGGUGUUCUCCAGCAGGAAUGAAAGCUGAUGAGCCAUUUCUGUUACCCUGAGGACAGCUCACCUGCCACAGGCUCCGAGGCAAAUUACUAUAUGCUAAGCAUCCCAGCAGCAAAGUAUCCCACACUCAGACCUGCCAAAAACCAGCCCCUGUUCCCAGCACUUGGUGUUACAAGUCCCUGAACGACUUUUAAACCCGUCUUUUUUGGGUCUCAUACUGUAGUGGCUUUAGCAGUUGGUUUUUGUACAACUGUAAAUCAUUUCAAUCAUAGGAGACGACAGUCAGUUUUACAAACCAGGUACAUAUCAUUUGUAUAUGUUUGUAUAUGCUCUGGUACACUAUACCUGUCCUAGUGAAGGGCAGAAGCAAUUCUGUUUGUUUCACACCUGUGACAUUAGGAGGGUGUGUCUGUAUUGCUUCUUCCUUAGGUCGGUGUCUCCCUGGCAGAGCCCUGCACGUGUCGUUUCUGAAAAGCCUUAAAUCUUGGAGACAUCGCAUGUAGGGUGUGCAGUGCAGAAGGCUGCCGCGGAACUGUGAGCCCUUUUGUAAGCUGGAAGCAUUUCUCUUAGUACUGUUACUUUUGUAGAAGUUUUAAAUUCAGAGCUGCCAAAGCGUUCCAGUAAAAGCCGUGCCUUAGUGAUUCCUUCAUCGCGCCGCCAGCCUUGUCUUAGACCAGUUCUCAAUGUCCACUUACUGAUUGGCCUGGUAUUUAAAAACAACACAAGCAAAAAUUGUCUCCAUUUUUGUUUAGUAAGCCCAUUUUUCUCCAGUUCCAUAGGAAACUGACUACUUGGUCUAAAAUCUGAAACUGAAGGUCGGUUCUUUGACCACACUGUCAAAUGUAUAUACCAAAAUGGAAAGUUUUGCAACUUCAUAGUUUACUAUGAAAAGCAAAUUGUACUUUUAAUGUUGCCUUUUAAAUUCAUGACCAAAUACUUAGCUAUUUAUAAAUCUUCUGCACUCCCGCAUGAAAGUGCCUUUGGCUUGAGAUUCCAGCUUAGAAAAGUGCUGCCAUAAUAACGAUAAUUUGUAGAGAGACCAAAAAUAUUUGAGAUCACCAUAAUGCCUUUGGUUUACCGGGAUGAGUAACCAACCACAGGCCUCUGUUCACAAGAGCACGACGUGGACCCUGCCUGCUGAGAAUCUGUCUGCCACCACCACUUGCCAGCAGCACACUGCAGCAGGAGGGACCCCAAGAACUGUUGUGUUUGUGUGUGCCAGUGACCCAGUGUGUCAUCUUGUCACCCAGCCCUGCGUCCACAUGAGGAACGUCACACAAACGACAGUAUCUCAGCUGGUGGACAGAUUUGUCCCUCUCCUUGUGUUGGUGUUCACUCUCUGUGGAAGCUUUCUUCUCCAUUCAGAUGACAGUGCGCACUUAUCUGGUUUAUGCGAUGAUACCAUUUUGAAAGUUGGAAGCCUCAAACUGAGAUGACAGUGCAGAACAAAAAUAAGUUAGGGUCAUUACAGUUGAAGUGUUCUUCUUACGGCAAAAAUGUUGACUCUGAGUGUUGUGUAUGAAUGUGCUAUGAGAAACUUCCAAAGAGCACCAUUCAUAAUUUGGCAUUUUCAAAGACUGUUCCAGCCCUCAAAAGGGCAACUCUUUAGAGUCCGUGUUGGCUUUUAUCAAAACCUUCAUAAAUUGGGAAAACUGAUAGAGGUAAGGAAGAGGAGUGCAAAGGACAAGAAGGCAAAAACACCAGCCAAACAAAAGCCAGGAACAAAGAGAUUUCUCUACUGAUAUAGACUUAGCAAUGACAUCAGACAUCUUUGAAAGUUAGCCUCUGAACUCAUAAUGCCUGUUCUGUCUGUCUCUACCUGGUAUCUUUAAGAAUACCCUGUCUGGGCUCUCAAAUUUCAGGAGUGACUUCUAUCCACACCAAGUUGUGAGUAUUUAUAGAAAUUUCUACAAGAAAAAAAAAAUCAAAUGCAAAGGAAAAAUAACAAAACAAGUAAUAAUUAGCUGCUUCAAUUCAACCCCCGUAUCACUACCAUGCCACAACUUGAAUGAAAUUGGUCAAAAACUUGUUUGCCUGCUUCUCUUUACAACUGUUACUGUGCUUUGUUUGGCAAUAGUUUUUCUCAUCAGCUCAUUGCUUAUACUGGUAAGAAUGAAGGUUUUGUGUUUAAAAUUUAUUGCAUUGCAAAGGAUAGCUUCACUGCAGUCCUACACCGUUAAAUGAGAUGAAAUCUUUGUAUUUAUUUUCCUGCUUCCUAAGCCGUACUUGUUUUAUUCCCUGUGGAUUUGCAUUGAGUCAGUCACAUGCCACACUACAUCAGUUUUGCUUUUGGAAAGGGCAUUUAUGUUCGCUCUCAUUCAUGAAUAAUUGGGGUCAGUUUCCAGUAGAUUCCACCUCUCUCAGAUUGACACUAAUGUCUGCCUUCCAUUAUGAGAGGCCCUUUCUCCUCCUUUCUCUGAGAGAGGCUGACGGAAUCUAGGCAUAAAUCAAUUGGAAACCAGUCUCAGAUUUUUUUUUCUCAUUUUUUUGCAUCAGUCAUUUUCUGUGAUUAUUUUCACUGUGUAAAUUAGAUAUUGACUGCACUUAAAAAAAAUACAUCUAUCUCCCUGUUACCUCUUGGAAAGAUUCACUUCUGUAGGCCUUUCUCAAUAGGCUCAUGACUGCAGAUAAGGAAAAAAGUGAAAACAAAAACAGUACGUGCCUGAAAAAUGACAAAAAAAAAUUUUGUAACAUUUAAAAAAGAAACCUGAAUAGCCUUUAAUUCUUUAAUACUCUUAAAUUUUAUGUCAGUCGGGUUUUGCCAUGGGUGUUUGUUCACAUUCUAAAUAACUUAAUGGGAUUCUCCGUCUGUGUCUGUGUCACGUGUAUAAAAUGGGUUGUGAUGUGAGCGUUUCAUCUGGUCAGUGGUUCCUUUGAUACUGUACUGCUGCUGGGAGUGGACUGGAACCUGCCUUUGGUAAUAAGGUUCCUCUGGGGUAGAUUGGAGAGUGGGGGGGUGGGGGCAAAUUCUCAUACACAUUUUCUUAACCUAUUUGCAGAAACUUUCAAAAGGCAUUUGGUUAAACCUCUUGGCAGUACAGUAUUCUUGUAUUUGUUAAUGUCUGUGUUUAGGUACUGGUACCUUUUUGUUUAAAAAUGUUCUAAGUGUUGGCUUUAAAGUGAAUUUAUCUUUAGUAUGAUAGUUAUAUGAAAAUUAUAGGGUUUGUGUGCAGAGAAUUUUUUUAUAAAGUGCUUUGUAAAAAAGAAAUGUAUUCUAGCUUUCGCGGUACAUAUGUGUGAUAACUUUAAUAUCCAUGACAGUUAAGUGCAAUUAUUUCAUCACUCUAAAAAUGCUAUUUUUGUGUCAGUUCCUGCAGGUGUUUUCAUGUCUUUGCAAAGUGACACAUUUUGAUGCCUUCUUGAUAAAGUGGUAGACAUUUUGUAGCUUUCUAGAAACUUUGUAUUCAUACGGUAUCAAUGAAAAAUAAAGAAAAUGAAAGUGUG